AUGGUGGCGAGACUUCGUCUCGGCAGGUCCAACCAUGCCACAAAGGUGAUACGACGAUUUCGGUGCCAGGCUGCUAGCUUGCUAGUGCGACAAGCCGACCGAGGACAACACCCCCGUCGCGUCAUACUGCUAAUGUCUACUAUGUGUUCUUCAGAAGCUAGGGCGUACCCCAGAAGCGACGCGCAUUGUCCUCGCCCGGGCAAUGUGGCAAAUAUGCGAGGGCUACCUGCUAGAGGACGGAGCCGGCCAAAGAAGUUAGUCCGCCAUCGCCAGCAACAUCCAGCGCGCUUGGCAACACUUAACGUUGGGACGCUUACUGGAAGAAGUCGUGAACUGGCAGACAGUCUCAGAAAACGCCAUGUUGACAUAAGUUGUGUACAGGAGACUCGCUGGAAAGGCUCCAAGGCAAGGGAAUUAGGCGAUGGCUACAAGCUGAUCUACGGCACAUCAAAUCGCAAUGGCGUUGGAGAAAUGGAAUUGCGAGUCGUCUCUGCUUAUGCGCCAAAGGCGGGCUGUAGUGAAGAAGAGAAGGCAAGCUUUUGGGAGGAUCUGGAGCACUACGUCCAAUCCCUGGAAAGCGAAGAAAUACUUUUAAUCGGAGGAGACUUCAACGGACAUGUCGGUUCUCGGAAAGACGGAUUCGAGAGUUCUCAUAGUGGAUACGGCUAUGGAGCUCGUAACGACGACGGGCUGCGAAUCCUGGAGUAUGCUGUUGCAAGUGACUUGAUCAUUGCUAACACGCAGAAUCGGAAAAGAAAAUCGCAUUUGAUCACGUACACCAGCGGCGGUGGUGAAACACAAAUAGAUUUCUGGAUGUUACGCCGACGAGAUCGCCGACUUCUGCAGGAUUCAAAAGUCAUCCCUACAGGCCAUGUCGCUCCCCAACACCAUCUGCUCGUUAUGGACUUGAAAAUCUCUCGUCCAAGGAAGAAACAUCCAAGGACUGAUACACAGCGCAUCAAAUGGUGGAAUUUGAAGGAUCGAAAGGAGGUAUUUUUCGCGUCCGUAGCUCCAUCUACACUUCCCCACCCUACUCGUAGUGUGGAAGAAAUGUGGUCGUCUACUUCCAGCGUUAUACGCUUGACCGCGGAAAACACUCUGGGAAAGAAGACUCUAGGUAAGCCAAAGGUACAAAAGGCUACGUGGUUUUGGAACGAGGAAGUUCAGGCGGCAAUUCGUGAGAAGAAGUCCAAGUAUAAGCUCUGGUGGGGGACGCGUCAGCCUGAAGAUCGGGGUACUUACCUAGCGGCGAAGAGGGAGGCUAAGAAGGCAGUCUCCAAGGCGAAGUCGGACCGCUACAAGACUGUGUACGACAUGCUUGAUACCAGAGAAGGGAAGCGGGCAGUGUAUCGUUUAGUCAGAGCGCGACAUCACUCAACGUUGGAUAUGGAACACACCAAGAUCGUUAAGGGAGCCGAUGGAGCCGUUCUGCGCCGCCCUGGUCAGAUCCUGGAGAGCGUCGAGGGUCCUGUUCUACCAAUUACUGCCUUCGAAGUCGGUGCUGCCCUUGCAAAAAUGAAGUGGAACAUGGCAACCGGUCCUGAUGACAUACCUGCUGAUGUCUGGAAGCUGCUAGGAGAUCGAGGGUCCAUGUGGCUCGCAACUCUAUUUAACAAGAUCGUUGCAGAAGGACGGACUCCAGACGUUUGGCAAACUUCCGUGACCGUGCCUGUCUGGAAAGGGAAAGGAGACAUUGUUGACUGCACCUCGUACAGGCCUAUACGACUGCUGUGCCAUGCGAUGAAGGUUUUUGAGCGUGUCCUGGAAGCUCGUCUGAGGAAAAUUGUUAGCGUUUCACUUAACCAGUGCGGCUUUGUGAAGGACUGCAGCAUUAUAAAUGCUAUCCAUGCUGUCCGAAUCCUCCUGGAGAAACAUCGAGAGAAGAACCGCAGUGUGCAUCUUGCUUUUCGAGCUUCAAGAGAAAGCUUUCGACCGUGUCCCAUAUGA